GACAAAAGCUUCGAGUUAGAUCCAGAGUUGUUGAGUUUUGGAAGAAACUUCUUGACGCAAAGAUAGUCUUCCCGUUACCACAAGAUAUAGAGGAAUCUGAAUUAAAUGCUCUGAAACCUUAUUCUACGGUUGAAAAUAAUUAUAUCUGUCUUAACAAAGGUGUGAUUACUGACUCAGAUGGUAUGCUAUACCACAAUGGAACGGACACUGGUGUGCAACUACCGUUCAAACUGAUGGAUGAGUUUGGAGGAAUGCUGUGUUUACCGGAUGACGUGUUUUUUCUGGGAGAGAGAGAAAAAUAUGGAUCAAAACUUCUCAUACGGAACUGUUAUUUGCAGUUACUCGAAUUAAUUGAAAAGAAUCGCGGACAAGGUGGCCCAGCCGAGACUGGUUGCACGAUUACCGGUACACCUGGUAUCGGAAAGACGUACUUUGGCUUAUUUAUUCUCUUCUAUAUUCGUUACAAAUAUCCUAAAGCCAAAAUAGUCUGGAGAGGUGACGAAAAUACCUGUUAUCUAUUCUCGCCGGAAGAUCGAGUGCUAAAAGGGAAUAUUCAACAAUUCGACGGAGCAUUGAAUGAUUAUAAAAACUUCUACCUCUCUGAUGCACAUACUAUGACGUGGUAUUCAGCCUAUAAGAUCCUACUCACAUCGCCGAAGAAUGAAAGAUUCAAUGAGGCUGUUAAAUGGCCAGGUUUUACUCAAUAUUUUAUGCCAGUUUGGGAACUCGAAGAAAUCACCACGCUUUGGAACUUUCACUAUAAGAACAAGAAAAAUAAUGAAGGUAAAGAGCUCACAUUUGAAUUAGUCGGGAUCUUGCUGGAAAAAUGGGGCCCAAUACCUAGGUCAAUUCUUUUAAAGUGGGACGAUGAGACAUAUCAGCGGAAAUACUAUAAUCUGAUUGCUCAAGCCGAUUUGGAGAGCUGUAUAAACUCUAUCGAUACGGCAGGCAUGCCCACAGAUACCAUUAGUGGUAGACUCGUACAUCUUGACGUGGGUUCAACAUUUACGGACGCAGUGUAUCGUUUUGCUUCUCCAAUGAUAUCUAACAGAUUGAUCCAGGCUUACGAAAUUAAAACCAAAAGGAGCGUUCGUGAUUUCAUCAUGAGCAGUUGUGAAUACCCAAUGGUCGCUGGAUUUAGAGGCAACUUAUUCGAAGAUCUUGCCCACAUCGAGUUGCAAAGGGGUGGUAUAUUUAGGGUGCGGUGUCUGAAUAAUAACUCAGAAGUGAUCGAAAGACAUAUCAAGGAGCUGGAAUGUAAUUGGUUCAUGAAACUGAAAGAAGCACGUAAGGGAUAUUAUAACAGGCCAAAAUCAAAAACAUUCGCAUCGAUUGAUGCUUUUAGCCUUGAUAACAACACUUUGGUCUUGUACCAAAUCACCGUCUCAACAAAGCACGACAUAAAGGUAAAAGGACUCGACGAUCUCAAACGUUUUCUCGGGUGGGGGAACAACAUAAAUAAUAUUCACCUAUACUUCGUUGUGCCGCCGAACAUCUUCGAAGAAUUUCCACUUCAAAGAUACAAAACCGUCAAAGACCAAGACAGUCAAAAAAUUCCGAUAUGGAUCAAGAAUAUACCCCAAUAUGCAUUGGAAAUUAACAUGGUGGAACAGCGUAAUUCGAAGCGCCAUUAUACAGAUUCCGAUAGUGAUACGAUGUUGAGAGGCGGUGAAA